UUUUUCUAUUUUUUUUUCAUUCAGAGUAAAUUGUUCAUUAAGCGAGGUACCCAGUGUAUGUUUCAUUUGUAUUCAGAACACAUGGGCAAAUUAGCAAAAUAUAUAAAUACAAAGAUAGCCUCCCUUCCCCAAAGGUUCUACUAAUCCAAUAAAUUUGCACACACCUCUGAGUGAGGCAAAGUAAAUGAGUCCCAGCUGAUUAAAUUGAUGCAUAGCGCCAAAUGGAAAUAAGAUUUUUUUUAAUACCUGUCAGUAAAAUUAUUAUCAUGCCCAAAAUAACCACAAAAAAAUACAAUCAAGUGCAAAUUUUUUUAUCAGCGCAUUUUGCGUCAAUUAUGACUCUUUUCAUAUUUCAUGAGGUUUUGAAUAGAGUAAAAUUAUUUUAAUUAUAAAUAAAUUAAGAAUAAAUUCCUGAAAAUCCUGAAAUAUUGAUUUUCUGUCGAAUUAAAUGUAGGUUAAUUGUUUUCAAUUAAUAAUUUACUAUACCUACUAAUUGCACUGCAAUGCAUAAAAUAUUACGUUUAAUAAUUUCCACGAAAUUACUUGACGACUCAUGACUUUUUUUUUAUGAUAUUUUAAAACUAAAUGAACAAUGUAAUGCAGCUAAUAAAAUCUUCUUCUAUGAAUUAAUUAAAUAAUUAUUAAUGUAUAAAUAUUAAUUAAUAAAACGUCACUUUUAUUUAAACUUUCACUUAAUGCGUGAAUACCUUUAAUAACAUUUACACGGUAGCUCUCCCAUGCAGAUUGAAGCUUUUAAUGUAAUUUAUCGUUUAUUCAAAGAUUAAAAAUUAUUUUUCUUCUUGAAAAAUUAUGUUUUUUUUUUCCUUUCCGGUACAUAAAAUUCUAGGAGGACAAAGAUCAUAAUUUUCUUAGUCCACAUUUGCCUCUUAACCCCAAUAAAAUUCUUUAUUUUUCCUCCUUGAGAUGACAUAAUUUUCUUUUUAUUUUUAAUUUCAUUUUGUAGGCUGACUUUGACCAAAAAUUUAAUAUUAUAAUUAAGUUUAUAACAUGGGAAUUAUUUUCGGAAUUAAUUGAAGACGGAAUUGUACUUUGAACUUAAGGCAAAGUCUCUGGGCUGCUGUCAUAUUUUUUGUCUAUUUAUGCAUAGAAAUACGGCACAGCUAUUGACUUGAAUCCUCUUGCCUCUUAACUUCUUGAGAAUCUUUUUAUUCUACAAUCUAGUCAUGGAAACUCCCUAAGGCCGACGAGCACACUGACUGUCCCGUCUAUGGUAUUCCACGUACCAAAGAAACUAAAAUAAGCGGCCUACUUAUGUAUUUCACCACUAGAGGGCCUGACCCUAGCAAGGAUACCAAAGAUUUUAUAUUUUGACACCUAAAAUGAAGGUUCUCGACAAUAUGGAAUCAAGCUUUUGAUGCGUAAAAACUUUAAUCCUGUAUCGAUUCAAAAAUUUUCAAUUUUUCAAGGUCAACCGUUAAAAAGCCCCCAGGUGGUCAUAUUUCUAAGUUGAUUUAAAUAAAUAACGUUUUUUUGUAAACCUCUCGCAACGUUUUUCAUUUUUUUUAGCAUGAAUACAAAACAAAUCCAACUAUUAGGCUAAUCUCUGGCACUCUUUCUACAAAAUAGUAUAGUGUGAAAGUCUUAGCUUUGCACUCAUUAUUAUAGUUAUUCCUCCGAAAAAAAUAAAGCAAAUUACAUGGUGGGAUAUGGAAGGUAUAUAUAAAGUUUCAAAUGAAGAAAAAGAUUUUAAUUCAGUUUGGUAGCUUCAUCAUUUAGGAGCCUAAAACGUGUGAAAGAAAACCAAAGAAAAAAAAAUGUGGAUAAUUUUGCUAUUUGUGAUCCUUCUAAUUUACAUUCUAACAUGCAAAUUGUUGGCAAUGAGAGAUAUGUUCAGAUUGAUGUGGACCAUGCCGGGACUAUCAAUAUUUUCAUUAAUUAAAAAUGUGCGCUUAGUGGGUGUUUCAAAUGAGAGUAUUUUGAAAUUUGUUCAAAAUAUCGCAGAGCCAUAUACAACACCAUUUCAGUGUUGGGUAGCUGGAACAAUGUAUGUGAUUGUUAAGGAACCAGAAGAUCUGAAGAUUGUUCUGAAUUCCCAAAAUUGUCUCAAUCGUGGGGAUGUUUAUGAAUUUGUUAAGAGUGUCUUUGGGAAUUCCUUAGGAACACUUCCAAGUGAGAUAAAACUUUUUUUUUGUGAAAAUCUUCUAAAAUUGAUUUAUUUGGUAAUUUCUUUCUUAUUUAAUUCAGGAGACAAAUGGAGAAUUCAUCGUAAAUUAAUUAAUCCAACCUUCAAUUCAACAAUUAUUCAGACCUUUUUGCCAAUUUUCAACAAGGAAAUCAAAGUUUUAGUGUCUCAAUUUGAGAAUCUCUGCAAUGAGGGAAAUCAAGAGAAUCCAAUGGAUAUUUAUCCAUACAUGAAUGCUCUUACACUUGAUACAAUUUUACAGACUACCAUGGGAAAAGAGAUGAAUAUUCAAAUGAAGGAAAAUCAAAAAUUUUCUCAAAUAACAAACAAGGUAACAGCUGUCAUUGCAAAGAGAAUGUUCAAUCCACUCUUGUACUGGACACCAAUUUAUCGUCUAACAAAACUCUACAAAAUCGAGAAAGAAUGCACUGAUGAGAUCACAGAUACCAUUUCUAAGGUUUUAGAUGAAAAGAAAGCUGCCUUUGUGUCUUCUGCAUUGGGAAUUGAUAACAAUAACAACGACAUCUACCCUCAAAAAACAUCACAAGUCUUUAUAGAUCAAAUAAUGAAGCUUCUAAUGGUUGAUAAAAAAAUCAAUGAGGAAGAUGUUGUUGGUGCAACCAGUUCAAUUGUUGCUGGAGGAUUUGAAACUAUAGCUCUAACUAGCUCCUACUGUAUCCUUAUGUUGGCCAUGCAUCCCGAACACCAACAAAGAAUUUAUGAAGAAAUAAUUUCCGUGGGAUCGCGUAAAGUAGAUGAAAUUUCUUUCGAUGAUCUCAACAAUUACGAUUUUCUCGACAGAUUUAUAAAAGAAGUUUUGCGUCUUUUCUCACCCCUGCCAUUCAUUGUUCGAACUGCUACUGAAGCUUUUAAUUUAGGUAAAUAUUCAAUCCCAUCUGGAACAAAUAUUGUUUGCCCAAUAUACUUAAUUCAUCGCAAUAAGGAAAUUUGGGGACCUAAUCCGGAAGAUUUCAACCCAGACCACUUUCUACCGGAGAAUUUUGCGAAGAUUCAUCCAUACGCCUACAUUCCCUUCAGUAUUGGUCCGAGAAAUUGUAUUGGCAUGAAAUACGCAAUGACAUUCCUCAAAACCAACCUUAUUCAUCUAGUUAGUAACUUUAAAUUUCGUACUAAUCUCAAAAUGAGUGAUCUUCGCUGCCAAUUUACAAUAACGCUCAACCUCGCAAAUAAGCAUAUGGUUUAUAUUGAGAAAAGGGAUGUCUAGGAUAUUUUUAUGGUUGAUUUAAAAUAGGUAGCUAUAAAAUACUAAGCUUUAGAAAUUCACCACCAUAAUGUGUUUACCAAAGAUGAGGGCGCUUUCUGUUAAUUUAUAGAUCUUUAAGUAAUGAAAAAUUUUAUAAAAAAUAUUCGUUCUUGUGGAAAUUAUAGCUUUCUGUAUUAUAGUUAACCUACAAUUGCUAUAAAAUUGUUAAGCAGCGCCUAUGGUGGUGAAUUUUUAAAAUUAAACGUAUAAAAACUGUUCGGGGACAAUUGUUUAGCUAAGACACAUUGAGAACACACAUACCAUAAUUUUUAUGACGCAUUAAAUUUCAUUAAAUUAGAAAAGAAACGAGUGAGAAAAAAUACGAGAAAAUAGUAAGAACAAACAUUAAUUCUCGUGACUUCAAUCGAUUGAACAAAAUUGUUCACUAUACACCAAUACACGUUUUUUCUUUAACAUUUUUUACCCUACCUACACUUAAUAAUGCAUAUUUUUCAUUCAAUUAUAUUGGAAUCACGUGAAAAUAAAACAACAUGCAUCAUAGAAUUUAAUAGAAUGCAAUUAAAUCAACAAAUUACAUCAGAUAAAUUAUUCUCUUUAAUUUUUCUCCUUGACCAAUUGAAUAAUUUUUUUUCUUCUUACGUGAAUGUGAAAAGAGAAAAAGUUUCCAUUAUACGGUGUUCUUGAGAGAUCUUAAUAUUCUCCGUAUUUUUUUCCUACCAUGUCACAAUUUUUCAUAUUCAUUGAUGUUGAGGAAAAACUUAUGAUUUGCUGCUUUAUGGUAAAAUGGAAAAUUUCACUAUCAACCUUCAUCAACUGUGUAGAUAUUGAUGAUGUUGCUUUUCAAAGCAGUUCACACUAGAUGGCACACCCACAACUACAAAGUAUUUGUGAUGCAUUGGAAUGUAAAUCGCGUCGGUGGGGAUGAAAUGUUGUGAAUUCAAUCUAAUGUUGUAUAGAUUUCUUUUUGUAAACAAAUAAAUGCUAUUUUGGCAUCAGACAUUUAUAGAUAGAGCUCAACUUAUAAUCAAAGAAACAACUCUUAAUUUUCUUUAAGAUGUGUCCAUUCUAAGUCAAGACACUAACUAUUUAUUAUUUCAUUAAGGGGGGUCUCUUUUGAGAGCUGGUGAAAUUAAAUAUUUUAAUUUUUCUUGGGGUUUUUCUUAAACUCGGUUUUCAAGUGUUGGUGACAUUUAAAGACUUAGCAUUAAAGAGUAAGAAAAUCACUUUCCGCCAUCUUACAUGCGACGCCAUCUUGAGAUUUUCCUCAAAACACAAAGGUAGGUUUUUCUCAGGAUCUACUGGAUGGAUUUUGAUGGGGUCAAAAGCAAAUGAAAGAGGAAAUACCAAUGCAGAUUUUGAUGUACCAGAAUUUUGA